AUGACACUAUCAGAAUAUGCUCAAUUAAAACAAUACAUAAUCUUCUCAGUUGGAUCAAAUGAAAGACACAGUGAAAUAAUAAGUUCUAUGAAAGAAUUUUUUAGGGAUUCUAUCAAUUCUGUGAGGAAGUUUGAACAAAUAAACAACAUAAAUCAGCUGUUAAAAAUUUUAGAAAUACGAGAUGUAUUAUCUGAAGAUAAUGUAGAAUGUCUGAAGAAUAUUGCUAUGAAACUUCCGAACUCUAGGGAUGUGCUACAGAAAAUAGCAGACUAUGAAAAAGAACAUGUUCCCAGGGAAUAUGCAAACUAUUAUGCUGCAAAACCACAAGAUCUCAAGAAAAAAGGAUCUGAUGACAGCUAUAUUAGUACCAGUCCGUUAUCGAAUAUGAGCAAACGAAAGAAACAGAGAAUUUUUGACACAAUUACUCAAGAAAUCGGUAGUUUCUGGCGUGACCUUGCCAGGAAUUUACAAGUACGAGAAUGGGUGAUUGACGACAUUGAUUUUCAAAACCAAACACUUCAUGUGAAGGCUACAAAAUUGCUGGAAGUAUAUGAUUCAAAAGCUGAUCCACAAAGAUGGUUUUUCAUUCUAUGUGAGGCAUUAGAAAAAAGUCGUAGAAAGGAUCUAGUAAGAUCUAUACAGGAUAUCAUGGCAAUGAAUAUUUGA